AUGUCAAGUUCUAUGGAGUGCUCUGCUACUCGGAGAUCUUCCACAGGGAAGGCGAGCUUCUCGCUGACGUGUAGUCGAUUGAGUCAGUAUCUAAAGGAGAACGGUAGCUUUGGAGAUCUCAGCUUAGGGAUGUCAUGCAUGCCUGAGACCAACGGCAUGUCACGUAAGCCCACAACAACCAUGAGCUUAUUCCCUUGUGAAGCUUCCAACGUGGAUUCCAUGGCCGCUGCUCCAAAUGUUAAACCCAAGAAUCUGUUUCCUAGGCAACCAAGCUUUUCUUCCUCAUCUUCCUCUCUCCCCAAGGAUGAUGUCCCCAAAAUGACACAGACUACAUGUAGUAGAUCUGUGAAACCAGAGCCUCAAACUGCACCGUUGACUAUAUUCUACGGUGGGCAAGUGAUUGUGUUCAAUGACUUUUCUGCUGAGAAAGCCAAAGAAGUUAUGAACUUGGCUAGCAAAGGAACCGCUCAUAGCUUCACCGGUUUCACAUCUACUCUUAACAAUAACAACAACAUCGUUCCCACCCAAAACCAAGUUCCUCAUCUCAUGAAAACUGCAACACAAGACCCAAUCCUAUCCUCCUCAGCUGCAAUGGCAUGCGAACUUCCAAUUGCUAGAAGAGCUUCACUUCAUCGGUUCUUAGCGAAGAGAAAGGAUAGGGUUACAUCAAAGGCACCAUACCAGUUAAGCGAUCCAGCCAAAGCCUCUACAAAGCCUAAAAUUGGAGACAACACCACCUCUUGGCUCGGUUUAGCAGCUGAUAUGUGACGUGAUAUAUCGUUAAAUAACCACAAACCGUACCGGGCUAUUCUUUUGACGUUGCAUCAAUAAAACAAGAAGAACAAAACUCCUGCGUCCAUGGUUCUUAACUAUAUUUUUUUCGCAAGUAUUCAAUUAGUAGGAAACUUCAUAUAUUUGUAUUAUUAUUGAUUAGCGAUCAAUUCUUGUUAGCGUCUGUCUUUUCUAGGUAUUUGUAUCAUGUCUGUCUAAAAUCCCCCUAUCUCUGGGCUAUGUCAAAAUUAGUCUAGUAUGUUACUGAUUUUUGUAAGAACAACAAAUUUUGUU